UCUGACUAAUUUUCAUAAUCAUUUUCAAUUUUCCAGUCAUUCUUGUGUCUUUUAUAACUAGCGUGCUUCUGUGAACUCAUUUUCAUACUUUUACCUUUUAUGGUAAAACUAAAUUUUUCUGUAAGGUUUUCAAUUUAGCCGUUCUUGUGCAUUUUAUACUGAGCGUGCUUUUAUUUACUAAUUCUCAUACUCAACUUUUUUCAAGCAACUAAUUUUUCUGUAACGUUUCCAAUCCAGUCAUUCUUGUUCAUCUUAUAACAUGUGUGAGUGUGUGUGUGUGCUUUGCUGAACUAAUUGCCAUUAACAUUGCGUGUUGUAAGUGCAUGUGUGUGUUGCAUGUGUGGUGCACAGAAUGCCCCGUCAUGCCGCCGGUGGACCCGUGUGUGCCCACACCAUGCGGCCCCAACUCACAAUGCCAGGCGCUGGGUGACCAGGCCGCCUGCUCUUGCCUGCCCAAGUACGUGGGCACUCCGCCCAACUGCCGGCCUGAGUGCUCCAUCAGUGCCGAGUGUCCCAACAACCUGGCCUGCUUGAACGAGCAGUGCAAGAACCCGUGUCCGGGCUCUUGUGGCCCGCAGGCGUUAUGCUCUGCCGUCAACCACAAACCCGUCUGCUCCUGUCCCGCCGGGCUCACUGGUGAUCCGUUCUCUACAUGUUCGCCUCCAAGUAAGAGCGCAGUCGCAAGCGUAGAGCCAACACUGUAGAAACUGUUGUGUAGAUGAUGAAAAACAUCAGUAGUCUCAUAGAAAAAUAAAUACGAAACUAAACUACAUGGUAACUCCUCACAUCUCAGGUAAAAAAGAAACAUGGCGUUGUGAAGAACAUGCGGUUGAUCGGCAUUAGUAUUGUGGAUGGGAUGUAGGUACAUCUCAAUAAUUACAAUUGUCGCCCUUCUUCUCAGUUUAUAAAUAUUGUCUAGUAUAUAGGCUUAAUUAGAUAUUUACCCAACUAGUUAUAAUUGGAUCGAGUACCUAAACUUCUUCAAAUAUAGUUUAAAUAUCCAUCUGCAUUUUUUCAAGUUCUUCAAUUGGGAAUAAAGGUAAGUUUGCAUGCUAUAAGUGUUACUGUUAUGUUCAGGAAUUAUUUUAUGUCAAUUCCUUUACCAUGUACUACCCUAUCAGGCCUUGUGCCCAAAUUUCAGCUGUGUUUGUAGUUAAUCUCUAGCAUUCAAAAUCUACUAUAGAUUCAUAGAUAUCCUCCUCUAAUACUAUUCUCAUUAUCCCAUGAACCUGCGAAGGUCUAAUGUGUAAUUUAUUAUUAUAAUAUACAUCUUCUCCUUGAAAUCGUUUAAAUAUUCCUCUAAAUCAAAUCCUCCUCUAAACUUCUCUAAUCUCUCUAAUUAUUCUAAAAAAAUCCUGACGUCUAAAACAACUACCAAUACUAUCAUCACAAUUAUUGUCUCCGUCAUACAUUGAGAUUGAAAUCCUCCCAAUUGAUUCUUUUCAAGUUCCAAUCCUCGAUAUUAUUUUAACUGUAAAGUAAUAUUAAAAUGUCUCUCCAACUGAAAUGUAUGCUCAACAUUGUCCAAACCUUCAAAUUCCUUACGUGUUCCAAAAAACGUACUAAUAGUCGUCAUUCGUAUCAAAUAACGAAUUUGCCCAAUACAGCCUACUAAAGGCCACCAUUUUCUCCGGAACUUGAUAUUCAGAAACAUCACCAAUUGAUUUUCAACAUCGUCCUCCAAACCUGUAAAAUUUCCAAGUUAGGCCUAUUCUACAAUCUAUGAUCAUCAUAUUUGUAUCCUUUCAACUGACGGUCGUCAUCAUAAUUGUCUCCUCCAUAACUUGAUUUAAAGUACAUCACCAACAAUGAUUCCUGACAUCCUUCAACCCUGCGACAUUCUAACGAGCUCCACAACGUACU